CCUAGUGGUCAUGAACUGUCAAGAUUUUGCGCAUGCGUACUCCGCUAAAAAUGAAUUUUCAACAGCUGAGGAGGCGUAACUAGCGAUGGUUAGCACUUAUGAAAAGGACUCUGAGGUGGCUCAGAAGAAUCGUUUAACGAACAGAACGUCUUCUAGAAGAGGGACGUGGAGCUCCGCAUUCACAGCAUCCAAGCCUAACUGUUUCUAAAGGCAAAAAAAAAAAAAACAUCUUCUGACUUCACUUCUGGGGUAAAAUUGAGUCUUGAGCUUUUACCAGAGAUGGUUGUAAGACGGUAUCCAUGCCGAUUGCAGCCUGGAUACACCAAGUGAAAGCAUCAGUCACCUGUCUUUCUACUUUAGAAGGGGUACGCCAGAGUGGACUCAAAUCUAGUUCUUCCCUCAUCUCCCAAAAUACAUAAGAAGUGACUGAGUUCCAAUCUGUACAGGAAAUUAUGGUGACUAAAAAUGGUGCUUAAAUGUGGCAUCCCGGUGCAGGUUGUGCUUAAAUGGGGAGGGGGGGCUCUCUCAGAAAAUUGUAAAAGCUGACUGAAAGUCUGCUUCUGACAAUGGAUGCCAAGUUGAAAGAAGAUCUGUUUCGGAGGUAUGUGACAGCACUGGAGAAACGUCUGGAGGAGGGGGGUGAUUAUACGGGGACCGGAACUACAUCGGGUGGAGAGCAAAGUAGACAAAAGGACAAGGAGGCCCUACUUUCAACAGCAACGGCUCUGCUUGGCGCCUACCAGCCAGAUCCUGGACAGAGGUUUCGCAUGGUGCGUUUCUACGAGAUUGUGGAUAAUUCCCUUCACUGCCAGAGAGGAGGCAGUCUCAAGAGCCUGGAGAGAGCAUUUCACACCCUGGAAACCAUCUGCACCAAUCUCUUGCUCUUCCCUUGGAAAAAGGAGUUUAGAUGUAUAAAGACCUUCACUGGGCCAUACGUCUACCAUCUGCAGUCUGUCAUUUCUGAUGCGGAACUCCGAACUUUGAUGCGCACCAUUGGGUAUGCUUGUGAUCAUAAUUCGCAGUUCCAUUUGCAGGAGCAUCCUGUGGGCUCAAAUCAUCUGCGCCAAUUAGCAUUCGAGCUCUUCUUGGCUCAGGCAGAGUGUCGUCUUCUGGGAGAGGUAGUGGCUUUGGCUCGUGGUUCAGCUUCAGAGCUGGAGGCCCUGGAACUCCGCAGAGGGAGCAGAGAUGAUGCAGCUGGCUGUGCUGAGGCGCUCCGUAGACGUGACAGCCUCGGGGCAGACAUGGCUCGUCUGUCUGUGCGACCGCUGGAUAUAGAAAGACCUCACGCCCACCACUUAAGGCGAGGUAGCCGACCCUCCAAAUCUGUGGAUGUUACAGAUGGGGCUGGGCACUGGCACCCAGCUGUGAGCAAGCCUGUUUUGAAGGCCUCGCUGAGCUUAAGGAAGGAACCUCUGUUUGUGGAUGCAGAGGAAGAUAUGAAGGACGAGAUCAUCAGGCCCAGUACCUCGGCAUCUUUUUUCUCCGUUGCAGCUCCACCUUCUUAUAGCCCCAUUGCAGACUUUUUCCCAGUUCAGUCGCCUCCCCCAGCUGAUUCCUACACGCCAUACCAUCUGUCCUCAUUGGAUGAAAUUGAUUUAUAUACAGAGAGGGGGGUUGCCGGGACGGGAGGACGGCAAACCCCGUCCCGACCUUCUUCAAGGGAACCUCGAGAAGGACGGGACGGGUGGCUCCUUAAAGUUCAUGGCGGAGUGAAGUGUCAGGGUUGUGGGCUAGGCUGUUCCUCAAUGGCCUCCUGCCAAACAUGUGACAGGAUUCUUUGCCCGUCCUGCCAUGACCUAGACCCUUCCCCUUGCUGCGGCCUCCAGGACUACCACCCCAAAUCUUCCCGCCCCCUGGAUGGAUACAUCCCUGUUAAAGAAAAGCUCUCUGUGUACUCUAACACUCAGUCUCACUCCCAUCUUCAUUCACACCCUCUGACAUUAACCCACUCUCAUACCCAGCCCCACCCUCACCCGCAGAUGGUAGAAAAACCACUGAUGUCCACCAAGCUGUUUCCGAGCAAAUCCAUUGCCUUGACAACACCCAAAGGUGGCAUCAGUGAGCGAAUUAGCAUGGGGGGACCACGCUGUGGCUUUUGCAACAAGCCAGGUGCAUCACACACCUGUGUGAAUUGCUCCAAAGUAUCAUGUGACUCAUGCAUGGGCUUGUAUGCAAACGAUGUCUGCACGCGAAAGAAUCCUCAGCACAGCUUUGUGCCCAACCAUCAGCUCAACUUCAAAUCUGGCACCAUAUCUCACCUGGUGUACCGGUAAAUCAGGCAGUCUGACUAAUGCCCCCGACCCCUUUCCCUCAACCCGUAUUGUAGUCUUGCACUAACGCUUUAGCUUAUUUUUCAUGCUUUAACAGUUCAUUUGCCACCUCCCCUAGAACCUGACGGUCUUUCUCUAACCCAUAUGUGUGCUUCUGUAGGGCCGUGGAAUGCAUAUACUACAGAGAGCCACCUUGUCUGCCCAUUGCUCUGCCUUGUACAACCUUUGGCCUUUUUAAGAUUUAUGUUUUGUUCUUCCCCUGCUACCUGCUUCUGAGUGCUAAUGUGAUGUUUUAGUGCUUUCUAGUGUUAGUUUGAUUUGAUCCUGCUUAAAAAGAAAAGAAAAAAGUUAAAGAAUUCCAUGUCAGUUUUAAAUGACAUUUAUCUGAACAUAACAUAGUCAGAAAUUCAUUUUAAGAAAAGAGGCACUGACAGUCUAUAUUUCAAUAGUAUAUAUAUUUUUAGUCUCCAUUCUCAAGCUUAAAGCAAGACUGUUAAAUGGUCCUGAGAUUGGACAUUAGGGCGACAUGAGUGCACAUCUUAUUUAUGUGAAGGGACUUACUGGGACAAUGGACAAAUAUCACGUGUCCUGUUGAAGGGAAAUCCUUUCUUGUAAGCUGCUUCAGAUGACAUGGCUGAGGUUUAAAUGCUGCUUUUGACUUCAUGUCAAAGAGACGUAGCGUUGAUCUCUUUCUUAUAGUUGUAUAAUUCUUGUCUCCCUUUUUUUGUUUUUGCCUACACUCAUUAAGUCUACAUGGUUCUUGGUGUGGAUAUGGCCCAUUAGCGGAUCAGUCAUUUCCUGUAUUCCUGGCUGUCUUUGUAGGGUCACAAAGAGUUUAAUGUUGAGCAAAAAACUAAGCAUCUAAAGAAUGCGUGAGCUGUUUUGAUCGGUUUUAGGAUGAAUGAAAAAUAGUCCCCAACACAGUUUAUGUCUACCUCAUGUGACAUCAUCAGCUUAUACCUGUAGUUUGAAAUAAACCUGCCCUAAAAAGUUCAACGCAGAGAAGAAAAUACUUUUUUCUGCCAUUUAAAGCCUAUGACACAUACUUUUAAGUGAAACAAUGACUUUAAGAUAUUUACUUUGUGAAGUAUUUAUUUCAUUCAAAUCCUCCAAACGGUGUUUUGCAUUGAACGUGCUUACAGUUUCUGUUUUGUUGGGAUGGCACAUCCAAAAACCAGAAGGCCUUUGAAAUGAGUGAAGUUAAAUGACAUUUUUUUGUUCUUUUUUUGUUAAAAAGCUUUUUUCUUAAUGAACUGGAUUGCAUUAAUGUAAGUUAUUUUCUUUUUGUCCCUUUGACAAAAAAAAAUCAGACACCACGAGUCACUGCAUCUAAGUCUUGACACUGACAAAGGCACAAAGCUGUUACUGUUGAUGAUAUAUUUUAUGACACUGGAAUCCUUGUAUCACUGAAUUCUAUUUGUGGAAAGGUAUAUAUAAAUAUAUAUGAAGAAAUAAAACCUGUGUUGGAAAGGCUGCCCAUUGCAUCUGUAGGUAUACCCCAUUGGUUUGGAACCAGGAGAGCUAUUUUUUAUUGCAUUUGAUGGUCAGCAAGGGCUAACUUUUAAAUGACAUCUCACUACCAAAAUCCAUCUGUCCAUCUUCUGUUACUGCCUUGUCCUGUGCAGGGUGAUGUAGGUUGCUGGAGCCUAUCCCAGCCACUGCAGUUCAAAUUGGGGUACACCCUGGACAGGUUGGCAGUCCACCACAGGGUCAUUACCAAAAAAGAUUUUUUUUUUUUUUUUUUAAAACAAGGUUUUUUUUGACAGACAACUUGGUCUACCUUUGCCAUGUUCUGUCGGGCAGGAAUAACCUCAAAAUGCCUUAAGCUUGUUAAGCUCUCACAUAGCAUUUUAUUUUUAUUUGUUUAGUUCUGUCAUGUCGUCCCUGUAACUGUUUUAUCAGCCUGUAGCUUCAACAUUAGUGCGUGUUCACCAGAGAAAUAACAGAAAAAGAAAUCAAAGGGAUUUUAAACGUAUAAUUACAGCUGAGUAUAGGAUAGAGCACAGCUAUGAAAUGAAAUGAUAGAAGGAUGCAGCAGUUUACAUGAUCAAAAGUGCACUAAAUAAUUGUUUUUCUUUACAAGUCAGAAUUGUUUUACAUUCAGUUUUGCUUUAAGAUGUUACCUGGACUGACACAAAUUUCAUGUCUGUUGCUCUUCUUCCAAUUUGAAAUUUGAUUCUGCAGCAUUUUCAAUAUUCACGAGCUGAAAAGCUACAGGGCAGCACCGUGCAUUUCACUCUGAAAUGUUGCAUUCUGUCUCGUCUCUGUUUCGGCCCUCUGUAUACGUUUGUUUGGCUUCUUUGAGUGAUUGGCUCUUAUUCUGAUUCCCCUUUGAUGGCUGCAAAGAAAAUUCCUUAGAAAGAUUUGCAACAGCUGAUUGAAACUUUAAGAUGAACUUAUUCCAUAAGUACCUUUUUCUCUGCCCUUCUUUUUGAACAGUGGCACAUCUUUAGGCCAGUCUCUCAUUUUCAGUAUGUUUUAUAAAAAAAAAAACAAAAACUAAAAAAACAGCUGGUGACAUUCAGCUGUUUUGGUGUUAUUUUUUAUUUUUUGACAAAAAACAUUGUGACAAAACAAGCUAAUUGAGGAUUCAACAUUUUUAGGGAGCUAUUGGGAGACGUGCAAUUGUUGACUUUCACAAAAUCUUUCUAAAUAUUUUGAUUAUAUAUCAUAGAUGUAUUUUGGUUGCUUUCUUGGCAAAUCAUACCAGCAACAACGUUGACUUCCAUGUAGUAUGAUGUAUUGAGCCAUGUUCCACGAGUUACUAUAUUGCCAAAUGAAGAACAAAUAUCUCUGGAGUACAAAACAAAAAUCCGCAGCUUGCCUGGAUGUACAAUUCAUGUAUUAUAAAUCUGUGAUUAUGCGAACAGUUUAGCCUUGUGUUUGUUGAUGUUGGCCUUUUCAGAAAGCCUUGAAAGCAAAUCAUCUCACAUACAGUUCUCUCAAACGAUCGGUUGGGAAUCAGAUUUUAAAGCAGUGACCUGGAAAUGUGUAAGUUCCAACAAAGGGCUAAAAUAGUCUUGAGGGCUGCUCUUUCAUUUGUGGGCGCUGCUUUCACUGGUUGACAUGUAGACAUGUUUUGGAUACGUUUACGUGUGGACGAAACACUAAAUGAAAUGGUUAUAACGACUGAUCUCCAAGGCAUAAAAGUCUUUACAGUGAGCCAUGUUUAACUUCCACCUGAAGCACUCAUAUUAUUGUAGAAGCCAGUCCUCCCUCUAGUUCUUAGUGUGGUUAUCUUCUUGAUAUUAAAAGUGGUGGUGUAGCUAGACAGCCUCGUUAACAUAUCCCAUUUCUGUAAGCUUUUCUUUUGGCAUGAUCUGUACAAGGCCCAUACCUAUACCCUGAACUUCUACCUAACUUUGGCCCUGAGGACCAUCGCACAAUGUGUAUGUGAAGGGGUAUCAACCUCAUUUUUCAGUAUAUGGGGGGGUGGGCAGAGAAAAUUCAUAAACUUGUUAAUUGAUAAAGAGAUAUGUAUAUUUAACUGAUAUUAUAAAAGUACUUGGCAAAAGUCAGUCACCCUUCACUUCUUACAAAUUGCUUCCGAGGAGCCAGAUUUUUACUUCUGUAAUCUUUUAAAAUGCACUGUUGAGGUUGUUCUUGAUUUAUGAAGGACUGUUUUAAUUUUUAUUGGACAUUAUUUUGGCCUUUUUUCUGUCUUCUUUCAGUCCACUUCUUGCUCUUGAUCAUUUUUAAAGAGUGUGAAAUUGGUUCUAUUUAUUAUUUUUCUAGUUUUCAUUUACAUAAAUCGGAUUCCCCCAUGUUACUGUAUCAGGUGGCCGAGAAAACAGAAAAGGUUUUCCGGAAAUGGUCAAGAGGAACAAGUGGAUUGAAAACUAGAGUCGGGGAAAACUUGGAAAGCCUUUUGCAGAGCCAGGAAACAACUUAAAAGAUUUAGGUGACGCAGGACACAGCGGAAGCAAAACACAGCAUAAGAAAUAGGAGUGCCUAUGACUUUUGCACAGUACGGACACACAAAGAGAUUGAAUGAAAACAGAUGUAAAUGAGAUUUUAUAAAAUAAUUUAGAAAAUAAAAUGCUAAAAAAAA